AUGUUGACUGCCAUCAGGAACAAGAUGGGAGAUACCACGAAGGGCUCGCAUGAGGUAUUUGUGGGUUCCAUUGAUCAGGGAACCACAUCAACUCGCUUCUUGAUAUUCAACCGAGAUGGCGAGCCGGUUGCUUCCCACCAGAUUGAGUUCAAACAGUUCUAUCCACAGCCUGGCUGGCAUGAACACGAUCCACUUGAAAUCGUUUCCUCGGUCGAGCAAUGUAUCGAGGGUGCUGUGAAAGACCUUGAAACCCAGGGCCAUUCCAGCUCAAAUAUCAAGGCAGUUGGGAUCACGAAUCAGCGUGAGACAACCGUCGUUUGGGACUAUGAGACUGGAGAACCGCUGUACAAUGCGAUCGUAUGGACUGACACCCGCACGCAAGCUUUGAUUCGCAAAAUCAAACUCCGGCUUGGAGCCGAUCGACUCCAAGAACUUUGUGGUCUGCCAUUGUCGACAUAUCCAUCUGUUGGCAAGUUAUUGUGGCUCCUCGAGAAUGUGCCCAAAGUCCAGGAUGCCUACGAAAAGGGUAACCUGGCUUUCGGUACCGUUGACGCCUGGCUGGUCUAUCGCUUGAAUGGCGGCCCGAAAAAGAACGUUUUCGUAUCAGAUCCCACCAACGCAUCUCGCACCUGCUUCAUGAAUCUGAAGACUUUGGAUUAUGAUAAUCAGCUCAUUGACUUCUUCCGACUUGAUCCCGGCAAACUCCGCUUACCAAAAAUCGUCCAGUCAUCCCACCCGGAAGUAUAUGGACGAUUGGAAUCUGGUGUCCUCAAGGGUGUACCCAUUACCGGGUGUUUGGGUGAUCAGUCGGCAGCAUUAGUUGGCCAAAAAGGUUUCACGCCUGGCCUGGCCAAGAAUACCUACGGCACUGGCUGCUUCCUCCUGUACAACGUUGGAGAGAAGCCCGUGUUCUCCAGUCACGGACUGCUCGGCACGGUGGCAUAUGAUUUUGGCGAGGGUAAGCGGAUGUAUGCACUCGAAGGCAGUAUUGCUGUCGCAGGCUCGAGCGUGAAAUUCUUAGUCGACAACUUCGGCUUCGUGGAAUCUUCGAGUAAGAUUAGCCAGCUUGCAUCUACGGUGGAAGAUAAUGGAGGUUGUGUCUUCGUGACAGCUUUCAGUGGGCUUUUUGCACCAUAUUGGAUCGACGAUGCAAGGGGUACCAUUUACGGAAUCACUGCAUACACGCAGCGCGGCCACAUCGCUCGUGCCACUCUCGAAGCGACAUGCUUCCAGACUCAAGCCAUUUUGAGUGCCAUGGAAAAGGAUUCUGGCCACAAACUUGCUGAACUCGCUGUGGACGGAGGCAUGAGUAAUUCGGAUCUGUGCAUGCAGACACAAUCAGACUUGAUCCAGAUCCCGGUGGUUCGCCCCAAGAUGCGUGAGACUACCGCACUCGGAGCAGCAAUCGCAGCUGGUCUGGCCGUCGGUGUGUGGGAAAGUAUCGACGAAUUGGCCAACAUCAAUCUUGAAGGUAGGACGGUGUUCAAACCAGAAAUGGAAGAGGCAAAGAGUAAAGAAAUGUUUGGAAGAUGGGAGAAAGCCGUGCAAAUGUCCAAAGGUUGGUCAUCUUGA